AUGGCUGCGAUCGAGCAAGCCUAUCUCCACGAGACCUGUGGGGUGGCUGAACUGAAACUUUACAAAGAGUAUCUUAUCAAUCAACAUCAGCUCAAAGUUUCCGAGAAGCCCUCCAAACUUCUUGAUCAUCCACCCCUAGGUUCUCCGAGCACCAGUAACACAUCUAUCACUGGCAUGCCUGCGGUUGGAAUGAACAAUCCUGCGAUGAUCUUCAGAUCAUCAACCCCAGGUAAUAGCGCACAAAAUCAACAGCCGCAGCUUCAUUCGGCUCCUCCAACAAGCCAGUCGGGCUUUCCACAAUCCGGAAGCCCGCCUGUCUUGCCACUUUCUAGCGUCCCAUCCGUAACAGUCUCAACCCGGUCGCCAUCUCUAGCUAUCCCGCAAUUAAUCUUCAAAAAUCAGUCUCACCAGGACUACACUCCCAGCCCACGACAUUCCAACCAAAGACCAUUGGGACCACCGCCACCCAUCGCGUCGAAUUCAAACUACAGUCAGCACGUUCAGCCGCAACCAACUAACCAACAAAUCAUCCCGAACGCGUCGAACACACCCAACCCAGUCGCUUCGUCUCCAACGGCUAUCGUCAACUCGAACCAGUCCUUUGCUCAUGCACCCUCCACUCCGAUCAAUAACUCACACAUCGUCGCGCCAUCAUCCCCAACUAACUCCCAACGUUUCAUUGCUAGCUUGACAGAAUUUCUCACCAAAAGCUCUCGAUAUCCAAUCCAGUUAUCAUUUCCUCCAUUGAUCGAAGGUCAGGCCGUGGAUCUAUUCAAAUUGUUCGGUGUCGUACAACAGAACGGUGGAUGCGCCAACGUCACUCGUCUGGGAGCUUGGCCGCAAAUAGCUGCUUCUAUCGAUUUCUUACCUUCGAAUGAGCCAGCAGGCCGCCGGAGCUCUCAAAAUGGGGCGGACGCGGUGUCUCGCUACAGCCCUGAACAAAUCCAGCAGCUCCAGCAAGUCUAUGGCCAGUACCUUCAAGGAUUUGAGCAUUAUCAGAUGAUGAGGAGGCGACAACAGCAGCAAGUUAUGCAGCAUAACAUGCAGCAGCAGCAGCAGCAACAACAACUACAGCAGCAACAACAUCAACAUCAACAGCAGCAACAGCAGCAGACACAAGCACAACCACAGCAACCACAACAAAACCCGCUUCAUUCCGCCCAACAGCCAACCCAACCCCAACAUCCACAGUCUCAAUUAGUUCAGCAGCACAUGCAGCCAAACCCAGUCUUACAGCCUUCAAUCCCACCUCCGAGUCUUCCAAAUAGCUCUUCGAAUUGGAUAGGAAAUAAUCAGAAUGCUUUCGUUGGCGCUUCCGCAAAAGCCCCUCUGCAUCAAACCCACCAGGCUGUACCAGCUCCGCAGCAUCACCCAUCAGCGUCACCUCAGUCGGUGACCGCGCUAACUGGCACACCGCUAACCGGCACGCAACAUCCGACACCGAAUUGGCCAGGCAGUGCAUCGAAUAACUUUACCAACUCUCCCACAAAAACUCCGCUAAGCCUUCCCCAGCAAACUCAACCACAACCCCCACCAUCUCAACCAACUCCACAACACUUAAGUGCCGUGUCAUCUUUACCGUCGUUGAACCCGAACCAAAGUCCCGCAGUCAACUGGUCAGGCGUGCCUCCGAAUUCCUUCAGCACAUCACCAGCAACAGCGGUCUAUAAUCAAUCUAAUAUCCCAUCUCAACCACCUGGAGGGACAGGCCAGCUUGCGAGCUGGAAUGGAUCAGCUGGUCAAACUCAAUCUCAAAAUGCCGCUCAUGGGUCUACAGUUCUAGUUCCAAACCUUUACAACCCACCCUCAAAUAAUCAUGGCAGUAGUCAAUAUGCUACUCCUGGCGGAUUCUUCAAUCAUCAACCGGGUAGCGGGCCUCAUUCGGCCAGCUUCAGUAGUUCCGGAAGCCCGAUGAUGAAUACUAACUUGAGCUUAGGUUCGGCCUCUAUGGGCGUCACUCCAACCACCCCCCAAAUCGCCAACAAAAACAUCGCCAUCAACCCUUCCCAUCAAGAUCCAAGCGCCCUUCCUGGCGGCUCUAAUAACCCGGCUAACGGCGCCAUGUCCCCUGGUGGAAGUCAAGCAGGUAGUCCUGGAAGUUUGGUUGGGGCUAAUAGCGAAAGUGUCUCCAAUACUUCCACAUCACUGCCGAAUAGCUCAAAUAGUAACGGCAAGAGAACUCGAUCUAGUAAAAAGUCAAUUGCUCAAGAGGGCCCGUUGAAAAAUCCAAAUCUUAAUAACAACAAUAAACCACCUAAUACUUUAGAUAAGAAGAAGAGAAUGAAACAUGACCAUGAAUCCAAAUCGCCACUCGUUACCGCCAGAAGCGUUCCAAUCAACGAUUCCCAAAAUGGCAUGCCAGGCAGUCGAACUCCAUCAGUUUCGAGUAACCAUCCUCAUGUUUCACCAACAUUCCAGGGCGAAAAUGAUACCAAUCUCGGAGUCCUGCCGCCAUCCAAUGCGCCCCCGAAUCUGCAACAAAGCAACGGCCCAGCCGAUCAACCCUCGUCUGCCCUUCAACAGCCGAGUCAUUCCCAGGAGCCAUCUCCUGCUGGUGGUACCAUGGUCGAAUUGAUGCCACCGGUGAUCCAGUCCUCCGAUAGCUCGACGACUAUGGUCGGAUCCCAGCAGGAAAAGAGUGAUCGCAAUCUAUCUAUCCUCAGUCCAAACCCACCAUCACCCCAUUAUCCCGAGCAACAACCCCCCGGUAAUUUUGUUUCUAGGGCCAUCACCCCAUCAAUUGCCAACCCACCGUCUUCAGGUAAAAACCAGGAGUAUCUUUCCCCUCACCCCCCUGGCUCCCCCCUAAAAGGUAAACCGCCGUAUCAGUCCGAAGCCGGCCAUCCAAAUGGAAUCGCUGCCAAGACUCUCCAAAGGCCGGUCGUCCCUCCCCCGAGAACCGAUUACGUCCCCUUAUGUAGACCAGUCGACAAUACCGGUGGAUGGGAUUUGAAGGAAGCUGAAGAAAUAUUCAGUUUCCGUUUAGUGGAUGUCCACUCCCUGGUGAUGUCGUUAAAAUCCAGAAUCGGCAGCGAAGUGACUUACGCAUUAAAUACUCUCACACUUCUUGGCCCUUCUCUGAAGUUAUUCCGUGAAGAUAACAGUGGAAAUUUGGGAGUAAUUUCGAUGCCAUUAGCGAUGUGUGAAGAUCUCCUAGAAGAACUUUUGGACUUGUUAGAAGAUGUAGCCUUCAAGCCCAAUUGGAAUGACGCUGAUGACCAGGUCUGGACUGACGAGCAACCGGUGAAUGGGUUUUAUGACCUGAUGUCCCAAGCCGUAGACGAAGAUGCAAGGCCGCCGCCUAAGGAUUUAUUGUCAACAGAGGAGGCGAACGAUUCGGAUGAGGAGGGGGAGUCCGAUCUGCGUCCACCAAUAGGCCAAGUUGAAACGAUCUUCAGUAUACUGAACAUCUUACGAUCAUUUGCAAUGUCAGAUGAUAGUGCUGUUUAUAUCGGACGGACGGUUCGUACGACGAGCCUGUUGAUUGGCCUAUGCGAAUUCGGAGAGAAUCCGAAAAACCUUCGCAAGAGUCUUCGGUUAACUAAGCUUGAGAGAUUGAGGAUUCGACGGGAAGCCUUGCAAAUUCUAUCCGAUGUGGGUCAUGGUAUUCAUCUCGAUGAGCAACCGGACCGUGUCGUGUCAGCUCUUCUUCGCCUAGUUUUAUUCUUUCUAGUUGAUUCUCCACAUCAAAUGGAUCGAACGCCUUUCGAGGGAGAAGGGACGAUUGAUAUCAAGGCAGCUCAAGAUAUUCCUCCGGGUAUCCACCAACGCCUGCGCUCGAUAUCAGUAGUACCGACUCAUGUGGACGCAGCGAUGAGCCUGAUAUCGAAAGUGGGUACGCUAGAUAGCAACCGGCGUCGUAUCGAGGAAUCUUUGUGCAGGACGAGGACUGAAUGGGUGGUGGAGGAGCUGAUAGAGACCUUGACAAAGAUGCUACCGAUGACUGCAGAGGAGAUGGUGAUGACGAUCUCGGAGGAAGACUUGCGGAUGCGAGCGGAAGUGAUGUCGAUGGGCCUGUUCAAUCUGGUCAGUCUCAAGCCGAACUCGAUGACGAUCCCGGGCGAGAGUCGACUGAAGACUCGGUCGAUGUUAAUGCGCGCCUUGGUCCGGACCCUUGGCCGUUUCCUCAUCGCCGGUGAAGACCACGUGUCGUCCACCGCCUCCAGCAAGGCUCUGCUCAUCCAAAUCCUUGUCGAACGUCUAGUCGAAACCAUGCGGGUCUUGGUCGAACAAGUCGACCUGACCACCUCUGGAGCUGCUUUCACACCGAUCGCGGGAUUGUUCAAGGGACGUACCCGCCAUCCAACCUCUAGCUUUGUCGAGCCACCUAUGAAUUGGUUUGGGGGCGGGUUUGAGUCUGAUGAAUCUGAGAAAGAGAUCGGCUCGAGUCUUGUGAUUCAAACCUCAUCCAACUCCUUGGAAGAGCCAGAAGAAGAAGGGCUUCGAAACAAGGUGCGGCUCUUACCCAAAUUGUCGAAGGAUCUAAGAUCUGAAGGAGAAACCCAUUCGAAGGUCAUUGGGAAUCUUACUCUAGCCGGCUUAAGUUCUGGCAAUCUGGUCCGUUGGAGGGCCGAGUUCAUCAAGAUGUUGGCCGGGAUUGGCGGGCAUUUUAAUCGCUCUUCCCUAAGUCAUCUCCAUCUUAACGGUUCUAAUAUCGACGGCUCGAUGGGCAGUCUUAUCUCCCCUAUCACUUUUAGCUCUCUUGUUAAAAUCUUGGAUUGA